UGACUUUUUCUUCUGUAUUUCUGUCAUUUGACAUAUCAACAGACGUGAUUAUAAAUGUCAUAAUAUCACAAAAUUGUACAUACUGUAAAAUGUAAAUAACUCUUUAUCUAAUAAUUGUGCAGCUGAAAUAAUGAAUAAUAAAAAUUAUAGUAAUUUUGUGAAAGCCACUUCACCUACACCGUCUUGCGAAGGUGAACAGGUCUAUAGAAAACUAUUAAGUGGUGAAGAAGCACAAAAGUUAUAUUUGGAUGAAGUAAGCGCAGCAAAAGCAUCAAGCUCUGGUCGUACGAGAAGUGCUUGUGAUGUGGAGAUAACUAGAACUUUUGUCAAAGAAGAAGAAAACGAACUGUCCAACAAGGAUCUAUUUAUCACUGUACAGAACAAUGAUGUCAACAAACUGAAAUGUGUUUUUGACAGAUGCCCUGAGAAAGUACAUGUUCUCGAUGAAUUUGGUUGGAGUUUACUGAUGAUAGCGUGCCAAGCAAACUCAGUUGAUACAGUCAAACUACUACUUAAAAAAGGUGUUGAUAUGAAUGUAAGAGACAAAGCGGGUAACUCUGCACGGAGUCUAGUUAUUAAGAAUAAGAAUUAUGUAUUAGCUGAUGUAUUAAUAAAUUACAAACAUAAGGAAAAACCUAAACAGGCAGUUUCCAAAAUAAAGGUAAAAUCAAAAGCGAAAGUUCAAUGUGAUAGUUGUAAUAAUCUGUAUCACGACAGAGAGGAACAUUUAUCAUCUACAAUACACAAUAUUAAUGCAAGCAAAGGCAAGAAGAUUACAGCCAGUUACGUCAUUCCAGUCAACAAUAAAGGUUACCAGUUAAUGUUAAAAGAUGGUUGGGACAGAAACACUGGCCUUGGCAAAGAUGGAUCUGGCAAGCUGUACCCAAUCAAAACGGUGCAGAAGAAAGAUAGAAAAGGCAUUGGUCACCAAAAGGAAAACCAUGAAAAAGUAGAAGAAGACAUAGACAAACACAAAAAUAGAAAGAAAAUAGCCAGAGAUCAGCAGAGUAACAAAGCAUUUGAAAUAAAUUUUAGGCGCCAAUUUUAUUAAAAAUGACUUUAUUUUUUUAUUAAAACAGUUUCAUAAAAAUGUAUCACAACUACCUAAAUAAUCAAUAGUCAUUAUGAAAUUUAUUAUGCAAAAGUAAAAAGAAAGUACAAUAUAUUAAAUUGAAUAAAAUAUUUAAAGCCUGUUUAUCUUAGUAUAUAUCUAGCAUCAUAUCUUUACUAUUCAUGGUGUAAUAAAAGGUUAAUCAUAUGAUUUAUCAUACACAUAUCCUGAUCAAAGGUUGAUA